GAAUUCAGUGUCAACAUAAAGCGUUACUAGCUCUUGCCGCGCCUGUGCGGAACUGGACGUCGAAACUGCGACACGUACGGCAGGCUGGUAUUUCAUUGUCUGAUUAAAUUCGAAAGAGGCCUCACUCAACAUACAUAGUCAUGGCUGGAACAGAUUGUAUAAAUUUUGUAAAAGUUGAUGCUGUGACGGUUCAAGAAGAACACCGUAUCAAGAUGGGUCCUGAGGUUGAAGAAGAAACAUUUUCUUUAGUGGUGGAGAAUGACCAUGUUGAAGAGCAAUCCAGAAAUAAUUCGUUAGACAUAUACCAGAAACUUGGUUUCUACUCAUCAAUGAGUAUUGAUGAAAAGAUUAAGCAAUUCCAAAUCUUCCUCACCACUGUACUGAUGAGUGAUUUGGUGCGACAGCUAAGUGAAGUACAAUAUCUUUUACUAUUGCAUUACUUCGUUAUGACUCUCUGUUCUAGAGGCCAGGCACAGGAUCUGUCUGAAGCUGAAAAGCAGAUUAAGACAAUUGAAAAAAUGACAAAGGAGACACCAGAAUGUCAGAGUUUUCUGUACAUAGCCUAUCAUUCAUUAGGCUGUUUAUACUACAAACAAAAUAGAUUUGAAGUUGCUAUAAAAUGGUUUCAAAAAUCAAAGCAAGAAUUUGAAGAUAACCCACCAUCAAUAGAGUGGACUGAUGUGGUGUUAAAAGCGGAAGAGAUUAAACCAGAAAAUUUUCCAGUCAAAAUAAAUGAAUAUGUUGAAUUGUGUAAAUAUGCUCCUGAUCCUAUAGCCGUCUGCCAAGAUGCAAAUUGUCAGGGAUAUUAUAAGACGGAAAUAUAUGCUUCUGACCCUGAUUACAAGGGCUAUGUUGAACUUUGCUGUGAUAAUAAUUGUUUGAUAGCAUAUCAUACUACUUGCUGGAAAAAGCUAAAGGACUCUCAGUAUCGUGGAAAAACUAAUCAGGAUUUCUGUUUAAUGAAAUGUAUGAGCAGUGAUUGUAAAGGUCUUUUCAUAAAAUUUGUGAUUCACAAUGCUUCAGGAAGCGCACAGACUGAGUUUGAAAUCAAAGUUCCAAAUCCGUCGCGUCAAAUUCCAGCUGUAAAAAAUGAACGAAAAGCGGGUGCCCUGGAGGAACCCAGUGAAUGUAAUAAGCAGAAUGACACUGAGAUAGGAAAGGAAGAGAAAAGAGCAGAUUCAUCUCUACUGACAGAUAAUUGUCGCCUGUUCCGUGAAGUCACUCUGAAAAGAAAGUUGAUUGAAAAUGUAAUUGUUGAAACCAGGAAAGCGUCUGAGCUAAUGAUCCGUUGUGGCCUGAAAGAAGCAUUAAUGGAGAAAAGCAGUGAAAUUACUGCAGAAAUGAUUCUAGACCAUGUUUUGGGAUGGAACUGCAAUUUUAAAAUCCGCCAAUUCUUAAUUCUGUUUAAAGAUGAGGAUCUUUCUAAUCACUCAGAACUAAAGGAAUGGAUAACAUUAAUUUUGGAACUGGGUGAUCAGUGUAGUUUGUGCUUUCUGUAUAGCUACAAGAAAGCUAUAAUUCAGAUUCUGUAUGAUGUGGAAAAUCUCCUCAUCUUUGUUCAAAAGCUGCUGUCAAGAAAGGCCAUAAGUAAAGAGGAAAUAAAGGUGCUAACAGUAACCCCAUCCGAACAAAGGCCGGGUGUCCUGAUGGAACAAAUGACCACUCAGAAAGAUCUCUGGCAGAUGGGAGAGCUAGUGUUUGCCCUGGCUGAAGAACAAGAGAGGAUACCCAAACUGAAGCCUUUAUUUCAAGAGUUUGACCGAGAGUUUGAGCAAUUCAACAAAGGACGUGUCCCUAAUUUUGGAAAUGUUUUGCCCGUGGAUCCUCUUUCCCAAGUCAUGGAUUAUUCCCUAUUUUACCGUCUCCUUCAUCUGCUCAUAAUAAAGGGUACUGAAGUCAUUUUGCAGAUAUUUGAUCGAGCAGUACCACCUCAGAUACUGAAGAGGGAAUUACUGAAAAAUAAACGCACUCUGGAACCUUAUCACAAGGGUUCAUCAAGGAGUAUGCUUAACACAGGAGAAUGGAGCUUACUUUACCCACCUAACAAUGAACAACCCAACUCAAAGAGAUUUGACAUCACAUUACUGGCAUCACUUAUUCGACACAUGAAGAUCCUUCCUGCACCACGCCGUGGGUGGGACACUGAACCAUUGGCAAAUGAUCACAGUAAAAGUGCUGCUAUAUGGCGCCUUUGUAACUUUCGAAACAAACUUCUUUUUGAAACUCUGAACACGGGAAUUGAGGAACCUGAAUUUACCGCUGAGUGGGACAGAAUCACAGAAUCUCUUGUGAGCCUUGGAGCAGAUAGCCAAACAUUAAAGGAGCUUAAAAGUUGUCCUGUUGAGAAACUCUGGGAGGAUCACCAUAGACUGGCUGGUUACCUGGGCAAACCUGUAGCAGAUGUCAUGCAACUGCUCCUCUCAUUUUUCCAACAAGUAGGAACGCCCAUACAGACAAAAGGAGCAACAUCAACAAACACGACAGGCUUGCCUACACUUCCUGCUCCAGUAGAAACAAGUGAGAAAAUAAUGGAGCCAACAGAGUUAAAGGAUGAUGAUGACUCAACGGUAUUGAAAGCCAAAACCAAGUCUAAGAAGAAAAAGAAAAAGUCUAAAAGUAAAAAGGGUCAAAUAAAUGAAGAGGAUCAAAAUACAGCUCAUGAUGCAGCAUCAGACAAACGUGAGACCCUAUCAAUUCCUGUGCAAGAGAACCAGCUGAAUGAGAAUGGAAGCAACAAGCAAGUGGCAGAUUGUAGCUGUGAUGUUUCUGCAUUUAGUGCCAGUGCAUCAGCCUCAUCACUACUGGUAUUGAGUACUGUGACUGACAACUGUAAUACUGAUCCCUCUUUAACAAGUCAUGAAGUCAACACACUUGAAGAUUUGCCUGAUCAAACUUACCAAAGCGAUGGAGAGCUGGACAACCUUGAUAAUACCCUCAUUGAUGAGGAGUCCACUGGUUCCUCAGUUCCCUCGUCGAUAAGUGAUUUGUAUUCAUCCCCAUCGAUAGGUGAUGGAGCCAUCAAAAUACAGAAGCACAUAUGGCAAAAUGUGAAAGAGGAAUCUGAAAUCAGGCAAAAGUUGAUUGUUUUACAAAAUGAAAACCAAGCUCUUGCAAGAAAUUUAGAACAAUUGAUAAUUAAACUGAAGGAAGAGCAACAACAAAGAACCCGCACAGAAAACCGGUAUUUAAGAUUCCAAGAGCAUUAUCAGCUAGAAAUAUCUAGAUUGAACCAGCAAAUUCAAAGCAAAGACGAAGAAAUAAAGAAAAUUACAGCACAGUUCGUAAGCGAACGGUCACUGUGGAAUAAGGAUAAAGCUAAACUAGAAGAUGUAACUGCAAAAAACAUUGCAAAGUUAGUAGAGGCAACAAAGCGAGCAGUAGCUGCUGAGGUUUUGUUUUUGGAGUGCCGUAGGGAUCAUGGCCUUUUCCAGUUGCAACAGGCUGAGCAAGAUUGUUCAGCUCAGCUUAGGACAGCAGAAGAUAAUUUGACACGGAAUUCUGAAUCUGCUCAUGUACGUGCAACAGUCGAUGGUUGGCAAGCAAUUGUAGCUGAUAUAAGAAACAAAAUUGAUUUUACAAAGAAUCAGUUUGACGAACAGAUAAGUUUGUUGAAGAGUGGAACUAAACUGAGUGUGCUUCCAAAGAUAAAAAUCCCACCGCCUCCUCCGCAUCCUGAUGCAGUUAUGAAGCAUUUUCUGGAACAACAUUUACAGGCAAAAGCAAACAAUAUGCUGACUGGAUUUGGGCAGCUAAAGUCUACCAAUGGAAGGUCAAUUAAUAUCACAGGACCAGCAGAUGCUUCUACAGCUGUACAUGAACAGUUUCGAGGGUCUGUCCCAGUAUCUGAACAAACCACAUCCCAGCAGUCUAGCAGAGGAGCAGCAGGGGCAAUGGCAACAGCAGUAGGAAUCCGUGGGAAGAACAGCUUCGAGAGAAUUAUGGAGAAACUUUCAACAUCCUAUCCACAGUUUACCAGGAGCUCAUUAACGGAUUUCUUGAAAGAAGUAAGACUGUCUAAUGGCGGAUCCCUUUCAGGAUUAUCCUACGAUGAAAUUGUUAAUAAAGUAGCACGAUUAGUGGAAUCAAAACUCUCAGAGAGCAGCAACAGUGGUCAAAAGAAAUCCUCUCCUCAAUCUGUUUGGCAUUUGUCUAGGCAACAGGGACUUAAGUCUUGGGAAGGAGCCAGGGGACUGACUGAAGAACAAGACCCUUGUGUGAUCUGUCACGAAGAACUUACUAUAGAGUCCAUGCUUGUUUUACCAUGUGCUCACAAGUUUCACACCCAGUGUAUUGGACCAUGGCUGAAUGAACAGAGGACUUGUCCAACUUGCAGACUUCAUGUUGUGCUACCACAAGAAUUUCCAGGUCUUCCCAGUAGGAACAUUCCUCCUUUGUGAAUGCCUACAUGAACAGAAGUGAAGAAAACUCAAUCUGAAUUUGAUUGUUCAGGGUAUACUCUGCCUGUGUAAUGGGGAUUUAGCUUAAGUGGGUAAGAUGGGAAUUAGCCUUCUAGUAAUUUGUAAACCUUACUUGGUAAUUUGUAUGUGCUUAAAAUAAUUUGUUUAUGAAUAAAGGUUUAGUUUUGUAAGAAA